ACCCAGUUUAGCCUCAGAUGGUAUCGGUCUUUCAGCUGAUGACUGUCAAAAGUGGUGUGAAAGAGGAGGGGUUUUAUUCAGUGUUUAUUCAGUGAGUCAAAGGAAAGCGUCCCUCUCUGUGCACAGCUCCAUCACAUUUCUCUUCUUGCUCUAUACCACUGUAUCGUUUAUUUUACAUUUCCAUCAUGGACUGUGCCUUUGCUAAUCUAGACGCUGCUGGAUUUCUACAGAUCUGGCAACACUUUGAUGCUGAUGAUAAUGGCUACAUUGAAGGAAAAGAGUUGGAUGACUUUUUCCGUCACAUGCUGGAAAAAUUAGGGUCAAAGGAUAAGAUUACAGAGGAGAGAGUACAGCAGAUAAAGGAGAGCUUUAUGUCUACCUAUGAUCUCACAUCCGAUGGACGCUUGGCGAUCCACGAACUAGCCAACAUGAUCCUGCCGGUGGAUGAGAACUUCCUUCUUAUCUUUCGUCGAGAGGCUUCACUGGAUAACAGCGUGGAGUUCAUGAAGAUCUGGAGGAAAUACGAUGCUGACAGCAGUGGAUACAUAUCAGCUGUGGAGCUUAAGAGCUUCUUGAAUGACUUGUUCCAGCAGCACAAAAAGGAUAUUCCCCCAGGGAAGUUGGAUGAAUACACACAUACCAUGAUGAGCAUUUUUGACAAAAACAAAGACGGGAGUUUGGAUCUUAAUGAUCUAGCUAGAAUUCUGGCUCUGCAAGACAACUUCCUGUUGCAGUUCAAAAUGGAUGCCAACAGUCAAGAGGAGAGAAAGAGAGACUUUGAGAAGAUCUUUGCACAUUAUGACGUUAGUAAGACUGGAGCACUUGAAGGACCAGAGGUGGAUGGUUUUGUCAAAGACAUGAUGGAGCUCGUCAGGCCCAGUAUCAGUGGAGUUGAUCUGGAUAAAUUGCGUGAGGUUCUGCUGCGCCACUGUGAUGUGAAUAAAGAUGGGAAGAUUCAGAAAAGUGAGCUGGCCCUGUGUUUGGGAGUAAAGCUUAAAUCACAUACACACUGAAGUUAUCAGUUUACUAUGAAUUGCCAGGUUUUAAACCUGAAUGGGAAAAGUGAAAACGGUACAUAUUACUUGUGUUUUGCUUGUUUCAAUGUUUUAAAAAUGUAUUAUGUUAUUUAAAACAUUAUUCUGAAAGUAAUUUAUGGAAAUAUAAUAACUUUAAUGCUCUCACAACAAUAAAAGUUAUAUCUGUUAAACAUGUAAAGCCAAAA